GUCUCGCGGGAUCCCGAGUCUCGCCGGCCGCCGCAGCGAAGGCAAGACGCCUCCGCCCCGCACCCGAUCUCCUCCCCCUCCCAACUGCCUCCCUCCUCCUCCGCGCGGCUGCCUCGCUCGCCUUGCCGCCCAAACCCCGCCGCGGUGCCAUUUCAAAUCCCCGGCGCCGAACCCUAGCCGGCUAGCCGCCUCGGCCUCGCACCGGCCCCCCCGCCGCGGCGCAUGGCUGACCAGCCCGCCGCCGCGGGCCCUCCGGAGCCGGACGAGGUGGUGGGCGGCGAUUCGUUGCUCCGUCAGGCCGGCGCCGCUGAUGGUGGGGAGGAGGGGGAGGAGGAGGAGGAGGAGGCUGCUUCGGCGGCUGCGGCGGCGGCGGCGGCGGAUGAGAGGUGCAGGGCGAUGAUGGAGGUGGUGAAGAAGGACGCGGUCGGGGGGAAGUGGAGGGUUUCGAAGCUGGUGGUGGAGCACAACCACGAGCUGGAGGUGGCGCCCGGGGAGGUGGCCGCCGCGGUGCCGGUGCUGGGGAUGGAGUUCGACUCCGUGCACGCCGCCAAGGGGUUCUACUACGGGUACGGCGAUAGGUUGGGGUUUAAGGCGCGGACGGGCUCCAAUCGCCGAUCGGUUGGUAAUGGCGUCAUGAUCAUGCAGAGGUUCCUCUGCUCCAGGGGAAACUACGCGAAUCGGAGGAAUAAGGCAAAUGGAUUGGAUGAGUUGAAAGAGGAGGAGGUGCAGGAGUGUGCUGCUGGUAAGAGGAAGAGGGGUGCCAAUAAUAAGAAGAAAGAUUGCAAGCCUGUGAAAAAUGGCUCAGAGGUGAUCGAAGUGGGGAGUUCUGUGGAGAAGGGUGUUGGGAUAGCAGGCUCAAAGAAUGGUCAGGAGAUGCGCAAGACGAGGGGUUCGACAAGGGGUAGGAGUAAAAAGGAUGUUAUACAGAAGGAUGGGGGAUCUGUUGUCCAAUUGGAGGCUGAGAGGGAGGAUAUGGCAAUGGCACAAGAUGGUGAUGAUGAUGAAGAGCAGGAGCAGAAAUGGGAGGAGGAAAUGGAAGAGGAGGUACAGGUUGAAGUGAAGGGAAAGAGAGGGAGGGGAAGGCCGAGAAAAGCUGAUACUGAUGGCAAUGCCCUGCAGGCACGCGUGUUAAGGGAACUUGGUCUGAGGGCGUCACAGUAUACUAAUGAGGAAAGAAAGAAGAUAGUUAAUAAGUACCUCUCAAAGCGACAGAGCAGACCUGUAUCGGGAAGGCCUGCCAAGAUUGCCUCACGCCAAGCUUUGGCUGAAAGACGAAAACGUGGUGAUGGAGGUAGAUUUCUGGCAAGCGAAGGACUGGCGCCACCGGAGCAACCUUCGGAAAGGCGUUCUAAACGUCUUGAAAAGCAAAAUCUCAAAAAAGAAGAUAAGGAUGAGAGUAAAGAAGAUGAAAUAAUUGAAGUAGAACCAGAUCCAGAGACGGAAGUAGUUGCUGGACCUGGAGGAGAGCCAAAAGUUGGAAUGGUUUUCCUGAAUGAAGACAAGGCCUAUGACUGCUAUGUCACCUACGCUGGUACUGUGGGGUUCAGCGUCCGAAAAGGAUGGUUGGAAAAAACGGCGACAAAUAUUACAAGAUCUCGGGCAUAUGUAUGUUCUAAAGAGGGAUUCCGCUCAAAAAGUGUCACUACUGAUCCAAAGAAGCCACGGUCAGAAACGAGAACUGGUUGCCAGGCACACAUGACUAUUAAAAUCACAGUGAGCAGCAAAUAUGUAGUGACUGAGUAUGCGGCCGAUCAUAAUCAUGAUCUUGAAGCUCCUUUGGUGGACAUUCAGGUUCUGAGAUCACAGAAGUUAUUAGCAAAGUUACAGCAGCCUCUGGAUCCACCAAGAGUUGUUUUCAUACCACAUGAUUACAAAAAUUAUGCAAGGACGAGGCAGUCAAAGGAUAUGCAAUUAGGUGAUGCCCAGGUUAUUUGUGAAUAUUUGCAGAGGAAGAAAGGUGAACAUCCUUCUUUCUUUUAUGCCAUCCAAGUAGAUGAAGAUGACCAGUUGACAAACAUAUUCUGGGCAGAUGUUAAAUCAAUUUUGGAUUACAACUACUUUGGUGAUGUAGUGUGUGUUGACACAAGAUAUAGCACAGGCAAUCAUGUUAGGCCUCUAUUGUUGUUUAUUGGCGUUAACCAUCACAAGCAGCCCAUCAUAUUUGGUGCAGCAUUGGUUUAUUAUGAAUCAGUUGAAUCCUUCAAAUGGUUGCUUGAAACUUUCAAAUCUGCAAUGAGUGGCAAGCAACCAAAAACAGUUAUGAUUGAUCAGUCUACAGCAAUCAGUGAAGCAGUUGGUUCUGUUUGGCCAGGGACUACCCAGCGCUUUUCACUGAUUCAUUUAUAUGAAAAUGCCACUAAGAUAUUAAAUAAUACCUUCCAAGCCUCAGAAACUUUUGCAGAGGAUUUUAGCAGGUGGUUGUACUGCUAUGAGGAGGAGGAGGAUUUCAUGUCAAGUUGGGAAAUCCUCUCAGAGAAGUACAAUCUGAAGGACAAUGAGUGGUUAGGUAAAUUAUAUGCAGAUAGAGAAAGAUGGGCUUUGCCAUAUGGGCGUGAUACAUUCUGUGCGGAUAUUGCAGCCACACUCCGAAGUGAUAAUAACACUGAUACUAUGCUGGCAGAUAUUCUAAAAAAGGAGAUGGAUUUUCCAUCCUUUUUUAAUAAUUAUGACAAACUUUUGGAGGAGAAACGCCUGGCUGAACAACAAGCUGACUACCUUGGGGUUCAAAUGACACAGAGAAUAGCACCUCUGCGGAUGCUAUGGCAAGCUGCUAAUGCGUAUACUCCAGCACUUUUUGAGAUGUUCAGGUUAGAAUUUGAACUGACCUUGACCUGCAUGGUUUAUAGCUGUGGUGAGAUUGCACCAAUAUCUGAAUACGAGGUAACUGUAAAAAAUAGGCCCCGUGGCCAUUUUGUUAGAUUUGACUCAUCAGAAUGUAUGGUAGCUUGUAGCUGUAAGAAAUUUGAAUUCACAGGUAUUCCGUGUUGCCAUGUACUGAAAGUUCUCGAGGUCAGAAAUAUUAAAGAACUUCCACCACACUACAUUUUGAAAAGAUGGAGAAAGGAUGCUCAGAGUGAAUCUCCAAAGGAGAACUACGGUUUUGAAGCUGCAGAUGGAGAUCCCAAGUUCUCAUUGUCUAAACGAUACAACAUGUUAUAUCGAAUGUUAUGCAAAAUCGCAGCAAAAGCUGCGGAAAAUAUUGAAGCUUAUACCUACAUGGAGAGCCAAUAUGAUCAGUUUUUAGAGCAAGUUGAACUUCUAUUACAAGCAAAGUUACAUGAUAGGUCUUCAUUGAGCACUAUCAUGAAAGUUCAGCAGCAAAAUUUGCUUCCUGAAGCCAGCAACAGUGAACCUCGCAGAGUAAGUAGCAAGAAAAAUAAAAAUGUAGAGAUGCGUCGCCAGCAACAAAGUCCUAUUCAAUCAAAUAAGAAGAAAAAGGGUAGACAAGGUCUACUGGAGCCUGAGGAGGCUGAAGUUCCGCUUAGGGUUGAUCCUGCUACAAUAUCAAAUGACAUUCCAAAUCAUCUGAGAACUCCAACCAGUCAAUUUCUUGCACCGAGCCAUAUAAUACAGGCACCAUAUGUUGCACAGCAAUUUGGGCUUGGUUCUCUCCAGGGAUUUCCUGGCAUAUCACCAUUUGGGCAGGAAACAGCACCUGCUCCUCUCCAGCAACCUCAUCUACAGCAGCCACCCUUUCAUAGCGGUCCACAAAUCCCCCAGGCCCCCCCUCCGGACAUACAAUCAUUGCAGUUUCUUAGCAGCAAUCCCCAACUGGGUCACCAAACUACGGAUCAAAGCCAGUACACCAUUCCAGUCUGGGAUUUCCUGUGAUGUACGCUUUGGAUAUAC